AUGAGGAUGACCAGUUCGGACAAAAUGGAAAAGGCGAGCUCUGGAGUUUUCACACUGACGCCGGCAACGCAACAAAGCGCCUCCACCCCCAACCCUUCCGUUCAGCCUCAGCCGACCAUGACCCCCCAGCCCCAGUUCGCCGAAGUGGUGCAGCAGUUUGGUGCUCAGCACCAGAUCAUGGGCCCGCUGCAGCAGCAGAACCGUGCUCACUCCAGGUCCAUGUCGUCUCUCCCCCCGGAGUCGUUCAUGAUUAUCCGGAGCAGAGCACUGAACAGGCGUGUCGUCAUCAACGUGGGGGGCGUUAAACAUGAAGUGCUCUGGCACACAUUAGAACGCCUCCCGCACACCAGGCUCGGCAAGCUCCGGGAGUGCAACACCCACGAAGCCAUCAUGGAACUGUGCGACGACUACAGCCUGGUCGACAACGAAUAUUUUUUUGACCGACAUCCUCGUUCUUUUAGCGCGGUGGUCAAUUUUUAUCGCACCGGUAAACUUCAUCUCGUGGAGGAAAUGUGCGUAUUGGCGUUCAGUGAUGAUUUGGACUAUUGGGGCAUAGACGAGCUCUAUCUGGAGUCUUGCUGUCAACACAAAUAUCAUCAGAAGAAGGAACACGUGUACGAAGAGAUGAGAAAAGAAGCAGAAUCUCUGAGACAAAGAGAAGAAGAAGACUUUGGAUUCGGACGGUGUGCACCCUACAGAAAAUGUCUGUGGGACCUAUUAGAAAAGCCAACAUCGUCAUUGGCCGCCAGAGUUGUAGCAGUUCUCUCCAUUCUAUUCAUUGUAUUAUCGACAAUCGGACUUACUUUAAACACCUUACCGGCACUUCAAGAAAAAGACAAAGACGGACAUGUGGACGACAACCACAAGCUUGCCGUCGUCGAGGCUGUUUGUAUCACAUGGUUCACUCUCGAAUAUUUAUUGCGAUUCAUGUCGGCCCCGAAUAAGUGGAAAUUCUUCAAAGGAGGUCUCAACAUCAUCGACCUCCUUGCCAUUUUGCCAUAUUUCGUGGCGUUCCUCAUCGAAUCAAACAAGCAGACGGAUCAGUUUCAGGACGUGAGGAGGGUGGUGCAGAUAUUUAGGAUCAUGCGGAUUCUCCGCAUUCUGAAGUUAGCAAGGCAUUCCACCGGCCUUCAGAGUUUAGGCUUUACACUGCGGAACAGCUAUAAAGAGCUGGGCUUGCUGAUGCUGUUUCUAGCCAUUGGAGUCAUGAUUUUUUCGAGUCUCGCAUAUUUUGCCGAGAAAGACGAGAAGGAGACCAAGUUUACAAGCAUUCCUGAAACAUUUUGGUGGGCAAGUAUCACGAUGACAACAGUCGGCUACGGUGAUAUUUACCCUACCACUCCUCUAGGAAAACUCGUUGGUAGCAUCUGCUGCGUCUGCGGUGUGUUGGUCAUUGCUCUGCCUAUUCCAAUCAUCGUCAACAAUUUUGCUGAAUUUUAUCAGAAUCAGAUGAGACGUGAUAAAGCGAUCAAGCGGAAAGAAGCCCUCGAACGUGCCAGGCGAGAAGGCAGCAUUGUGUCCUUCCAGAGAGUCAAUCUCCGUGACGCUUUUGCAAAAAGCAUGGAUUUGAUAGACGUUCUCGUCGACAGUGGACACAACGAGAGUCAGAUUGAUACCACCAGCAUUGGAGAUGAUUCGGCACGUAUCCACACAGGUGCAGGAUGUUACAAAAACUUUGACCACUCCUUAGAUGGAAGUAUAGAGAAUGCUCAAAGAAAGAACUCUCAAGCGCAGUCUUUGCCUUCCGGAGUCAUGAUAUCCAAUCCAAAUAACCUUCUCGAUCUACAAGGCCGGGCCGAUGAGAGUCGUUUGUCCAACGUCAAUUUGAAUCAUUUGAACAGCUCAAACAUACCGCCAAGUUAUCAACAAGGAUAUAUAUCAUCGGAAAUAAAAGAUUUUAUCGACCAAGAACCAACGGCGCAUUGUGAUCUGAUGAGCAACAUUGAGCUUAAAACCAUCAACAAGUGGGACGUGAACAGCAUGGAAAGCUACGACACUUACGCAACGUGCAACUCUCAGCCCUGUGCCUCCCUCGCCGAUCUGUCUGCAGACGACCCUUUCUCCACGAAGCCCCCCCCAACGCCGCCAAAGAGCGCAUUCAACUCGAGCAACCUGUACAUAAACCCCCUCGAAGAGUCUCCGCAGAGCACUCAUGUCGUUACGAAGGACGGAUAUACCGUGCAGCAUCACUACUUCCCCCAACAUUCUCCCAUCGGCAAGACGUACAGCUCUUCGUCGACGGACAGUGGUAGUUGCUAUGAAGAGCCGGCAGGAAGGACUCCCGAAGGCUACUCCUCUCUUCCCACUUCACCGGACCCUCGCCAGGAGGGCCACUCUUCCCUGACUCCUGCUCUCACCACGAAGAAGCCUUGGUUUUUUCAAGUCAGGAAGCCCAAGACUCGGUUCGAUACUCCUGACGUGUCCCAACACAGCUUGCAAUCGUCCUUAGACUCGGUCACCAGCAAUUCUAGCUCUAGACAAGGCAGUGGUACUUCCGUGGUGAAAUCAAGAUUCGGCAUCAAGCCGUCAUUUUCUGUUCGUGGUAAACGAAACGGCAAUAAAAGUCCUUUAUUGGGUGGCUCUUUAGAAAGAGGUUCUUCCAUGAAAAAAUUUAGUAGCCCGGACACUGCAAAAAAGCGCUCCAUUCUCAAAAAAGAUAGUCUAUACAAAGAAGAAACCGAAAAAUUAAUCUCCGACAGCUACCACAAAAGCACGACUGAAAGUUCGGACACCAACGCGGGAAGUGCUUUUGUCCCGAUCGGCAGCAGAACCCACGCCCCCCUGACUGCCUCCGUUUCUUGCUCCACCCCCUCUUCGAAGCCGCUCAGAGCGAUCGGUCCGAAAUCGAGCUCCAAGUCUCACGCACAGCCGAUAAAGUUUGUGGGCCUGGACGACGACACCGAAUCCCUCGCUUCGGGCAGGGGAUCUCCCUCCCUGAGCAUAUCCUACGCUCCCGACGCCUACUACCUGAGCAGCGGCGCUCAGAGACACCCCCCUCUGAGCCCAUCCACGUCGAAGCGGUCCUCGGAAACUCCCCCCCUGGCGCCGGACGGACUCCAAGACGGAGAUCUCUUCGGGAUGCAGGACGUGGCUCCGGUGGACGGCUCCACCACUUCGGGCUCCCCCGCACAUGGUGGACACAGGAUACACCGAGUGCCUUCCUACUGCGCCAACACUUCCACCUACGGACCCCCCCGAUCGUCCACGCCCACGACCAGUACCGUCGCUUCGACCGGUGCUGCCCCGCCUUCCAAGAGCGAGCUUGCCAAUUCGGUCGUGGGAUUGCCUCUGCUGCUGGCCGCGGUGCCGAUCGUCAGCCCCAUCGGUUCCAAUCCUUCCUCGGGAGUCCAGACCGACUUCGACGACAGGCGGCCGGGGGUGGAGUCCGAAUCCCGGCGCCCUCCGCUCCUAUCGCAAGCCUCACAGCAGUCUACUACGGAUGAGGACUCUGUCUUUGGGCAUGAUCGUCAACAAAGCGUCAUGAGUCGGCAAUCAUCGAAAGAUAGUGCCACACUUUCUUGA